AUGUCCGCUCUCCGCUUCGCCCCCUCCUUCCGGGCCGCUGUCCGCUCCACGCCCGGACGACAGUUCUCGACGUCCUCUGUGCGCUGCGCCCGUGACACUAGUGCGCGUGCGCCGCGCUCGGGCGGGCGCAAGUGGGCCACUGGUCUGGCUCUCGUUGCGGCCGUUCCGAUUGCUUUUCUCGCUGGCGCGUGCUACCCGCCUCAGCUCGUGCUCAUGUUCAACCCGCGCUACUCGCCCCCUCCGCCAGACAAGGACAGCAAGCACGGCCAGGCGCUGAUGGAGGAGACGGAGCGCGAGCUGCAGAACCUCAUGGUCGUGGCACAGCUGCGCGCCAAGCAGGGAUGGUACGAGGCGCGCCCGUACGAGAAGUUUGACCCGCGCAAGGUGCACAACUCUCUGACUGCUGGCUCGCUGCGUGGACCGGGCAAGCUGGCUGUCCCGCCCAUUGCGUUCGCGAAGGAGGACGAGAGCGAGGCCGUCGUCAUUGUCCACCUCGGACGUGCGCUCUGCGGCCACGACGGCAUCGUGCACGGCGGACUGCUCGCGACCGUCUUCGACGAGACCCUCGCCCGCAACGCCCUCAUGGUCCUCCCCUCGCACAUUGGCGUCACCGCCAACCUGAACAUCAACUACAAGUCGCCGUGCAUGGCUGACCAGUUCGUCGUCGUGCGCACGCAGCUCGAGUCCUACAAGGGCCGCAAGGUGAACGUCUCCGGACGGAUGGAGACGCUGGACGGACAGGAGAUUGCCAACGCGACCGCGCUCUUCAUCGAGCCCAAGUGGGCCCAGUUCCUCGAGUCGUCGGGCGUCACCGAGGCCCUCGGCAUCCCCAAGAAGAAGAUGGAGGAGAUUGAGAUGGCCGUCCCCGGCGUGUCGGGCGUGACGGGGGAGAACAACCGCCAGGUUUGA